UUCAAAUCUCCAUUACUGAAAUUUCUAUAUAAGAUUUUUAAUAGAAAUUCAGUAACCAUUGGCGCUCCAAACAAACCUCUUUGGGCCCUAUCUGCUUUUGAAUCUCGUCACAUUUCAUCUAUCUUUUUUUCCCCUGAAUUUGUUACUGUACAUUUCAUCUCAAGAUUUCAUUUUUCAACUGGGUUUUGCCUCUUUCAAUAUUAGAUUUUUGCAUAUCAGGGUGUUUUGAAUCUCAUCGAAUCUUUUUGGGCGUUGUUUAUUUAUUUAUUUAUUUUCCUAUUUUUGAAUCUCAUCUUCUUUUGCUCUAUUGAAAUUUCUAGCUGAAGAUUUCAUCAUAUCAUUUCCUUAUAUUAAAAAAUUCUCUGAUUUUUUUUUUUUUUGAGAAAUUUCUUGCAUUUUUUUCACAUAAGAAAACCAUUUUAUAUUCUUCCAAUUUUUCAUCUCAUCAUACUCUUCAGCUCUUUUUUCCAAAUUACAAACUUCUUCUUCAGUCUUUCUAGUUUUCAUUUGUCCUUCUAUGCAUGUUUUCACAUUCCUUUGUGGUGAAUGUCUUUGCCCAACUGACUUAAAGUUUCAGUUUUUUGCUUCUUUUCGUAGGUGCAAUUGAAAUUUCGGAGCUUUUUGCUUUUGCCGAAGUUUGCAGCGAAGGUUCAAAUUAAACCCAAUUACUUGAGUCAUACAAGAUCCUGAGGAUUUGGUUCGCAGUUGAUUGUUUUUCUUGCAUAAUCUGGUUACAAUUGGAAUCUGAAAAAUCUGUUGACUGUUGAGAAAAAUGGGAUGUUCUAAUUCAAAGUUGGGUGAUGAGGAGGUGGUCCAGCUUUGUAAGGAUAGAAGGAGAUUCAUCAAACAGGCCAUCGAGUAUAGAAUUCAAUUUGCAGCCAGGCAUGCUGCUUAUAUCGAGUCACUAAGACGAGUUUCUCUCGCACUCCAGGACUACGUCGAUGGAGCUGAAGGCCACGAAUGCAUUGGCGAAUCACUCAGAAAUCCCUUCUCCAUGCCCACGAAGAAAACAAUCCCUGAGCUCACUGGCGUUCCUUUGAAGUCCUCAUCUACAACGCCAAUUCAAUCCCAAUCUUCUCACACAGUUCAUUACUUGAGAUCAAGUGGAACUCCAUCGGUUUCCGUCAUUGAGAGGCCCCAUUCACCAGAGACCAUGAGAGUAGAAUCCUACCCCCCAAUGCAUCAUUUCGGAAUCGAUAGCUUCUUUGUCGCGCAAUCACCACCACGUAAGAACUCACCCUACUUCUCUUCGCCAUGCCACAAGUCAAGCUUUCCUCCGCCAUCACCUAUCCAAACUUCCCAAUUCGACUUCUUUUGGGACCCCUUUUUGUCGCUGGAUACGUACGCGUACCCCACUAGGAACAGUCUCGAUCAGAUGGACAUCGACAAUGAAAUGGCAGAGCUGAGGCAAGCUUGUGAAGAAAAAGAGAUACCCAAAUUAGAAGAGGAAAAUGAUAUCAAAGAGGCAGAAAUGAAGGAAGAAAGUGUUGGCGAGGACAGUGAUAUGGAGCACGGGAAGGAGGGGCUUCAAUCUCAGAGUAAAGACAGCACUGAAGUAUCAGAAGCGCAAAAUGGGGUAGAAACUAAAGUUGGUAAUGGAGAGGAAGUAGUGACCAGAGAUGGAGAAGCAUCAUUAGAAAGAACUGGUUUUACUGUCUAUGCGAGCCGAAGACCGACGAGUAUGGCAGAGGUUGUCAAGGACCUCGAUACCCAGUUCAGUACAGUGUGCAAUUCUGCUACAGAGGUUUUGAGGAUUUUGGAGGCAACUGGACCACAGAAAUCCUCAACUGCAACUGAGCUAACAGCCGCAAAACUGUUGAAUCCGGUUGCUUUGUUCCGCUCGACAUCAUCUCCAUUCUUUCACGCUUCUUCUGGUACCAGAGACGAUGGUUCCGACAGCAGUAAUGACAUCUCUGAUGAAUCUUGGAUGCUUCGUAGGAGUCACCGAUCAACAUUAGACAGAUUGUGCGAAUGGGAGAAGAAGCUUUAUGAGGAAGUUAAGUCUGGAGCUCGAAUUCGAAGAGCUUAUGAGAAGAAGUGCCUGCAAAUCAUGGAUGUGAAGGAUGAGGAUUCAUCCGUGGAUGAGAAAACAAAGGCCAUGAUACGGGAUCUUCAUGCACGGAUGAAAGUUUCUAUGCACACGAUCGGAUCGGUGUCGAAGAGAAUCAAGGCAUUAAGGGAUGAGGAGCUGCAGCCACAGCUAAUGGAGCUGAUUAGAGGGUUGUCGAGGAUGUGGCGAGUGAUUGCGGAGUGCCACGUCAUCCAGAAGCGCACGAUAGAGGAAGGCAAGCUCAUCCUAUCCGACACGCCUCCGAAACGCUCCGAGACAUCGGGCGAUCCCGAUCCGGCCCGACUCGCCCGAUCCGCCGCGAGUCUUGAGUCGGAGCUCCGAAACUGGCGCGCCUGCUUCGAGUCCUGGGUCACAUCUCAACGGUCCUACGUCCGCUCCCUUGCUGGGUGGGCCCAACGAUGCGUCCGAUCCGAUACCAACACGCCGAAAUUCCUAUUCCCUUCCCGCCCAUCCAACGCCGGGCCGCCGAUAUUCGAGAUCUGCAUCCAGUGGUCCGGAUUCCUAGACGCUGUCCCCGAGGCCGGCGCGACCGAGGGCAUGGAUUUCUUCGCGGCCGGGGUCGCGUCGGUGUACGGAAGGGAGGAGGAGGCGAAGAGAGCAGAGCGUUUCGGUGGCGGAGUUUCGGCCGAUACGGAAGGGAAGGUGGAUGCGGCGGAGAGAGAGGAGGGACGUGUGACGGAGGAAGUCGCCGUUAGAAUUCUGUGCGCGGGCAUGUCGGCUGCCGUUAGUUCGCUAACGGAGUUCGCCGUUAAGUCUGCCGAGCGGUACGAGGAGGUGAUGAAGCAAUGGGAGAAGGACACGCCGGAAAAGGAUGGGGCGUAAGUGCCGCACGUGCGAUAUGAUGUGGGCUACACGUGUGGGCGUUGUUUUGUACAGCGUGGCCCACCCGAUGACCGUACGAGGCUGUGAUUGAGAAAUCAGAAAUGGCACCUAAACAGUGGGAUCUCGUGAUGAGCGGUCCAGAUCUCCACACGUGGGACUCAUCUUCGCGUGUGAAGGAUGUUAUCUUUUUCUAUAGUUGUAAAUGUAACCAUUCUUUGUAGGGCUGUGAUGGGCGUCGGGGCGUGGCCCAGCUUAGCAAAUGCAACAAUGGCGAGUCCUGACCGUUUAUUACAGCCCGAAUUCUCUGUUUGAUUCUUUUUGGAGUUUAUUGAUGUAAUUUCCAUUGUAGAAAAUAAAAAGAAUGCAUUUUUUA